CUGCGCACUGCGCCUGCGCACUCGGUGCUGGCUUCCUGCUGGAGGAACGUACCGACGGCUGGAGAGGAGUGGGCGCGGAGGACCUGCUGAGUGUCGCUACCGGCGGUCGCCCCGGAACCUGGACCGCCCACCAAGCUCUGCAGGGCCCUUGGCGCCUCAAGAUUCGUGUCGACUCCAGGCUGGCUCUCCACAGCAUCCACCCCGCUGUCAUCCUGAUGUGCUUCAGUGAAGAGCAAGGGGUGCCAGUCAUUGCCCAAGAUCCCAGACCUGCCCCAGGGACUGUCGGGAUGAGGUUCCUCAAGCAGUAGCCUGGGUGAGAGCAGGUGGGACAUAGGCCUGGUUUCAGUACCGUGUUCUGUGUUCUCGGGAGCAGUGAAGCCUGUGGACUGCUCUGGUCCUCCGCUCUGCCACCGAGCAUCACGUUGCUGCUCUGGGUUUCUGUUUCUUCAGUCAAGAUAAGAGCGAAGGGACCUGCUGGCCCUUGAGCGGGGGUGUCGGAGACAGGCGUCCAGCCCAGGCCGAGUGGACGGGGCGUCCUUUGGGGUGAGCAGCCCGCUGACCACCAGUGGCACCUGCGUCACUGUGACGGAGCUGCCGGGGCCCCAGCCACCUGGACCCACUUCGUCUCAUGGAGCCUCGGGGUGAGAAGUCGGGAGAGACCGACGGGGUGCGCGUCACCCCUCAGCUGCUCAAGGCGCGCUCGGGUGAGUUCGCCCUGGAGUCCAUCCUGCUGCUGAAGCUGCAGGGCCUGGGGCUGGUGGACCUGGGCUGCCUGGGGGAGUGCUUGGGCCUCGAGUGGCUGGACCUUUCGGGCAACGCGCUCACCCAGCUGGGCCCGCUGGCCUCCCUGCACCAGCUGGCCGUGCUCAACGUGGCCAACAACCGGCUGACGGGGCUGGAGCCCCUGGCCGCCUGCGAGAACCUGCAGAGUCUCAACGCCGCAGGCAACCUACUGGCCGGCCCUGGGCAGCUGCAGUGUCUGGCGGCGCUGCCGGGCCUCGAGCGCCUGCGGCUCCGCGACCCCUCGGCCAGGCUCAGCAACCCGCUGUGCGCCAGCCCCUCCUACUGGGCCUCGGUCCGAGAGCUGCUGCCCGGCCUGAAGGUCAUCGACGGUGAGCGCGUGAGCGGGCGCGGCAGUGACUUCUACCAGCUGUGCCGGGACCUGGACAGUUCCUUGCGCCCCAGCUCCAGCUCCGGCCCGCGAGCCGUGGAGGCCCAGCCCUGGGUGGAGCCCGGCUACUGGGAGUCCUGGCCCACGCGCAGCAGCUCCAUCCUGGAGGAGGCCUGCCGCCAGUUCCAGGACACGCUGCAAGAGUGCCACGACCUGGAUCGCCAGGCCAGGGACAGCCUGGCCCAGGCCGAGCAGGCGCUCAGCCCCGCCCGCGCCACUUCCUUUGUCUUUUGAAUGCACCCUGUGGCCGUGGCCCUUGGGGUUGGCACGCUGUGGCCUCCCUGCUUUUCUUCAUGGUUUCAUCAUGCUGGCCACUGGCCCUGCACACGGGCGUCUUAUGGGCCCCCUUGCCUAAGAGCAGCCCCCCUCCCUCUCACACCUCCAUCCAUCAGGGACACAGCUCCCUUGGACCCUCCUCAGGCAGCUGGCACCGUGUGAGGCUGUUCUGCACCUACGCUUGCUCCUGGGAGGAGGCCCGGCCUCCUCGUGUCCGUAGCUGCUGCCACUCCCGGCUGCCUGAGCCUGAGGCUUAGGAGAAUAAAGUUGCUUGGUCCUAAGGCUAAAGGUGAGAGGCAAGGAUGGUGAGCCUCCUGCCCGGCCCGUCCUGGGAGAGGACGCGGCGGAGCUCGGAGCGUGGAAGCCGCAUCUUCCAGGUUGGCCUGUCCAAGUGACCCUGUGCUGUGCCCCCCUGGGGUCUCCCUGAAGCUUCCACUGCCAUGCCCACCCGUGCCAAUCCCCAUUAAAUACUCGUGUUUUAAUUUGCA